AUGAAGUAUUUAAUGUGUGAUGGCCCUAUUUGUAUUCUGCCAUUUUCUCAUCGUAAGUUCUCUUCUACAAUUCGUUCUUGUGACUCCGUUCCUGACUAUGUACAUGAUCUACUGUUUCAACUGAAGCAAAGACUUGCCGUAGAGCUUCUUCGCAUCGGCAACCUUGACAAAACAGCCCUUUGGUCCCGGAAUCUGGCCCUUGACCACCAAAAUUCCGGCCUCGCCGUCCGCGUGCAAAACCUCGUUGUUGAACACUGUGCAAUUGCGCCCACCCAUACGACCGGCCAUUUUCUUGCCCGGCAAAACUCUACCUGGGUCUUGGGUGGCACCCAUGGAACCAGCCGAUCUGUGGGAAACAGAAACACCGUGUGUGGCACGCAAACCCUUGAAGCCGUGUCUCUUCAUGACACCAGCAAAACCUUUACCUUUCGAAACGGCUUUAACGUCCACAAGCUGGCCCACCGCGAAAUAGUCGGCGGUGAUUUCGGUGCCUGGAGAUAUAAUGCCGUCGUCUGUUCUCACACGGAACUCGCCGAACUUGGCCUUGGGCGACACGCCGGCGUCCGAGCAGAGCUUCACGUGGUAGCGCGAGACGUUCUUCAACUUGUCGACCUGGCCCAUCAAAACCGCCGAGUAGCCGUCUUUUUCCACCGACUUGUUGGCAAUCACCUCGCACGAGUCCACUUCGAUCACCGUGGCGCCAAACUGCUCGCCGCUCUCCGUGAACCACGUAAUCAUGUCUCUUUUAAUGCCAAGAAGACCUGGUCUCUCCAACAACGACUUUCUUUGGUUGGAAAGCGCCAACGAGUGGUUGAUCUCAGGCUUGGGAGUGAUGGUCAGCGGAACCGCAUGGAUGGAUGUGAUGCGGGCAGCGCCGCGAGAAAAGACAAUGUUUCUGAGCCCGCCGGCAGCUUUCAAGCCGUGCUGCAACCAGAAAGUCCGUGCCAUAGUUGA